GUGCGUCAUCAUGAUGGAUUUUAUUUUUGCCCUGUUAUUAGCUCUGAGUUCCUGUGUGAACUCUUAUAUGUUUUACUUUAAUCCUGACUUCCUGAACUGGACCGAGGCUCAGACGUACUGCAGAACGUAUUACACCGAUCUCGCCACCACCGAUGACGACGUGGACUAUGAUGACCUGCUGAAAACUGUACCCGAGGGUUUUACUGAAGGAAUUUGGAUCGGUCUCUAUCGGACGAGCGGGACUGCUCCCUGGGUCUGGUCCGAUCAGAGCACAUCCACGUUCAGAAUAUGGGGUAGCGGACAGCCAAACAAUUUCGGUGGCAAUCAGUUCUGUGUGGGAACAUCUCUCACUGGACUGUGGAACGAUGCAGAUUGUCCGACUAAAUACGCUUCCGUCUGCUACUCAGAGAAGAAGAUGGAUACAGUCAGACUGGAGGUCAAAUCAAGUCAAAAUAUGAAAGAUCCUGCAGUGAUCACAGAGGUUCUGCUGCAGAUAGAGAAGAUACUGAAGGAGAACGGGAUGGCUGAAGAUGUAAAGCUUUCAUGGAAAAUGCAAAAAGAUGGAAAUUUCUUCCAGAAUAAGACUGGGAGUGACAUCAUCCAAGAGCCUUGCCAUUUCAAGAUAGUUUAAAUAUUUACUUUUACUAAUAGCCGAUUAAGUCAUAUGUACUUGUAAUUUUUUACACUAUACUAACUAAUUGUGUAAAUAGAAUAAUGCAACAUACCAGUGCAACAACUAAUAAUAAUUUUAAACCCUUUUAUCCAUAAUCUGGGUUUAAAAAAGUAGGGAUGGGUCAUAUACUGGUAGAAAUCAACCGGCAGAGAUCUUCUGUAUCGUGGUUGGCUUUGCUGUCGUGAGUAUGCAGCCACACCCAGUGUAGAUCCAUUUUUGUUUUGGGCCUAUUGCUUCUAACUAGUUUAAUUUCUGCUGUUUACUUGUCUUUUGUGAUACUGAGUUUCUAUGAAAUCAAAAAUAAAGAUUAUUUACAAAAACAAGUAUAUUGCACAGUGAAAUAAAAUUUCUCAUUGUGACCUAAGUAUUAAUAUUGGUUUAAAAAUAAAUUAAUAAAUAACAAACUAAUGAACAUGAUAUUUGCAUUCUAGGCAAAACUCCCAGUGCAUCCAUAUAAACAAAUCUGGACAUAACAGCAAUGAAUUUCCAUCAUACUUCAAGCAUUUUCUGAGCAGACGUU